CUGUUACAGUCUGAGUACGUGAGCAUUUCCUCUCGGGUCGCGGUAAUUUUUUUUUUCAUUCGAUUUUGUCCCGCCCACUGUGAACUGUAAACGCAUAGAUCACAGAGGGUUCAUUUUUUCCACACACGGCAAUUGCAUUCAAUUUAUCUCAGUUGAUGAUCGGACCGAUACAGUUUCAGAGUAGAACAUGCGCGUCUUUUGGAAGUUCAUUAUCGUUCUGGUGCUGACGGUUGUAGGGCUGUGUUCCGAUUGGGAAAAUCAGGGAGCUAACUUUAGCCAAGAUCACGACGAUGGGACGGUGCAACAGAAAGGACGAAACACAUCCAAAAGUGACCAUCUGAGGUCGAAACGCGAAGCGUCGAACGGAGAAACGAGUGCGUCGCUGUGGGAAUGGCUAACCGGACAGGAUAAACCCACUCAGUGCGUGAUGGUAUCGGUGGGUGGGGUUAUCGGGGGUGGUGCCCUAAUGGGUGCCUUCGUAGGUGCUGGAAUCGGUAGUGCCUUCACCGGACCGGGUACGAUAAUCGGUGCACUGAUUGGAGGAGUGGUUGGAAUCUUCAGCGGUGUCAGUGUGGGACAUCGGGCCGGAGCAGCAGCCUGUGAUGCCGGUUGUGACACGGGACCAGGCAGCAGUAACUGUUACCCAUAUAGUAACUGAAGACUGUAACGAGUUCUAAUAUAAAUUUAACAAAAUUAA